GUUUGGCAGAAUUUUUGAACUGGUCAUGUCGGAACACUGAAUGGUGUUGUUGGUGAACUGUCAGAUUACUCUGGAAUUCGGUGAGAUUGUGUACUCGCCCAGGCCGAUAGAAAUAUGGCAGGGCGAGAUAUUUCCAGAACUAUGCACGAUCUUGACACAGAUCUCGAAGACUUCAGCUUGGAGACAUCCGUCCCAACAGAUUUGACGAUGUCGCCCGAUAACAGCGAAACUGGCCUAGGUGGAAACGAUCGAAGAUCUAAAAUAACUAAACAAUUAAUUGAACGAAAACAGAUAUUGCACGAUCUGCAACUUGUGAAAAUAGAACUUUCGCAAAAGAAUCUGAUUGUUGAAAACAUGAAAGCUGAGCAUCUUCAAAAAACAGAGGAUGUGGAAGAAAGAUUGAAUGAUGCCAUUCACCAAAAGCAGAUUUUACAAGCACGUUUAGAAUCCCAGUUACAAAUUCAGCAGGAAGAUUCGAGACGUCGUCAUGAUUCUGUGAAAAAGGAGCUGGAGGAAGUGUCAAAACGACAGCAUCAGCUGGAGUCCACUAAUUUGAUGCUGCGAGAAAAGGCUGGAGAUGUCCGCAAAAGCUUGAAGGAUUUAGAAUUAAGUGAAGAACGAUACUUUGAACUUCGAAGUUUAAGUGAAGAUGAAAUAUCUUUGAGAGAUUAUGUUGCUAUUCGGCUGUAUGAAGCUGUGAAACCCUUACAAACGGAAAUUGACACGCUCAAGAUUAGAUGUAGAAAUGCAGAACAUGAAGAUAAAACUUCCAAGUCUCAGCUUCUGUCUUGUCAAGAGGCUUUAGACGAAGAGAGACGCCAGCAUGGAGAUCUUAGAGUGAAGUUCCAGAAACUGAAUAUGGAGUUUGCCGACACAAAGCAGUCGGUGAAGACUGGAGAUUACAAAGUUGAAAAUUUUGAUCGUGUGAAAGAUGAAAGAGAGAAGGUUGAACACGAUUACAUGGACGUCCAGAGGCAGUUGUCAAUCUUACAGGGCUCUCACAACAAUCUGCUGAAGGAGCGAGACGACCUGAGUAGGGAUUUAGCAUCAGCACGUCAGUCCAUUGCGUUGCUUCAGCAGGACAAGGAUUACCUGAGUAAACAGAUUAAUGAUGCCACCAACAGGUGUGAAUUUGCUGAGGAAAAGUUAAAACAGGUGAACCAACAGUUAGAUCAUGCCAAACAGGCCAGAGAAGAGGUGUAUGAAAAGUACAUAUCAUCCAGAGACCAGUACAAGUCCGAGUAUGAGACCAAACUGCGAGAAGAACUGGAGCUUAUUCGUGUGCGCACAAACGCAGAGAUUGACCGCUUGAGGACUUCCACCAAAGAGAUGUAUGAGAGGGAAAACAGGAAUCUGAGAGAAGCCAGAGACAUGGCCAUAGGAGAAAAGGAGAAGGCUCAGCAAGCUGAAAGAGAUAGUAACUGUAAAUAUGAGCAGCUUCUUGCAGAAUUCCGUCAGUUACAAACAGCCAAUGACAGCACAGUGUCUGAGGUCCACAGUGAGUUGAAACUGAAAUCAUUUGAACUUGAAAGGACGCAAAUAGUGUAUGAGGAGACACUGCGAAACUUCAAGGAGAGUCAACUGGAGGUGGAGAAGCUGCAGAAGAAAAUCGAGGUACUGACCAGAGAGUAUUACUCACUACAGUCUGCCCAGGAGAAGCGUGUACUAGAGCUGGAGGCAGGGCUCUCCGAGUCUAAGGCCAAACUGACAGGUUAUGAGAGACUGGAGCAGGAGCUGGAUGAGGUGGUCAUGCAGGCAGCAGAUGUUGAAAAUGAGGAAGAAGCAGAAAAAGUGAUAUUUUCCUAUGGUUAUGGAGCCAAUGUUCCCAGCAAUGCAAAACGAAGGUUAAAGCAUAGUGUUCACCUAGCCCGGCGCAUUUUACAGCUGGAGAGACAGAACACAAUGCUCAGAAAUGACCUGGAGAAAGAGAAGAAAAACUGUCUUAACAUGAGAGAUGAGUUACAGAAGGCUAAUGCCUUACUGGAUGGGGCUCAGCAGCCGUAUGGAUACCUGGUGGAGAGUAUCCGUGUGAGGGAAACGCAGCUGCAGAAGCAGAAGGAUUAUGUGGCGUCCCUGGAAAAAGAUGUAUCGCGUCUUGAACAUGAAAAAAAUGAGUUGGCAAAAGUUAAAAAUCAGAUGUCGCUGGAUUUAGAGAGAUUAUUGAAUCAGAGGGAGGAGAUGGCAUUAAUGAAGCAAGUGAUAAUGAACAUGACAGGUGUGAAGUCAGCUGAUGUGAAGCGUCCCAGUUCUGCCAGGGAGAGGAGCAGCAAGUCCCACCUGUUCGAUGUACCUGAGCCUCACACAGACAAGCCUGGACUCACCCAGUUUACAAAAGGUGACCCACAGUGGUACAAGAAGUUAAAGCAGAGAAGUGCUGUGGAGAAGAACAAGUUUUCCUCAGUGUAUGGAACAGGGAAGUGAAUGUGUACAAUACAGGGAGUAAAAUACCGGAGAACUUAGAUUCCUGUAUCUUGUACAUGGGACCAACCAGGCGAAAUCACAGCUGACCCAGACAGAGUUUUAUGUCAGGCCUUAUGGUGUUAUCUGUGAAGUAGCUGAGAGUACCUGGACAUCACAGAGAUGACUGUCUGUACUGAAGAAGUACAUGUACCUGGUAUGUGCACCAGACUACACUUGGAUGAUUGUGGCCCUGGCCCAAGGAAAGGACGAAAUGUCACUAGUUUUGCAUACUCAUUUAUGGCGCUAGGUUGUUUUCAUG